CCCCAGAGGUCAAAGAACCGAUGACAACAAAAUCUGCCGGGAAUGUCUGGGAUCUCCAGACCGCUACGACUGGCUCUACCUUGGCUUCAUGGCCAUGCUGCCCCUGGUUUUACACUGGUUCUUUAUUGAGUGGUAUUCAGGAAAAAAGAGUUUCAGCGCGUUGCUGCAGCACAUCACCGCCUUGCUGGAGUGCAGCGUAGCAGCAGUUGUUACGCUGCUGGUCAGCGACCCCGCCGGCUCCCUGCACAUCCGCUCCUGCAAGGUGAAGAAGCUUUCGGACUGGUACACGAUGCUUUACAACCCAAGCCCCGACUACAUCACCACUGUGCACUGCACGCAGGAAGCAGUCUAUCCCCUGUACACCAUUGUGUUUAUAUAUUACGCCUUUUGCCUUGUGCUCAUGAUGCUACUUCGGCCUCUUCUGGUUAAGAAAAUUGCCUGUGGCUUAGGAAAGUCUGAUCGAUUUAAAAGCAUUUAUGCAGCGCUGUACUUCUUCCCUAUCCUCACCGUGCUUCAGGCCGUUGGGGGAGGCCUGCUCUAUUAUGCCUUUCCUUACAUCAUCCUGGUAUUGUCUUUGGUCACGCUGGCUGUGUACAUGUCUGCUUCAGAAGUGGAGUCUUUCAAGGAUCUUCUUGUCAGGAAGAAAAGGCUUGUUGUCCUCUUCAGCCACUGGUUACUCCAUGCCUAUGGAAUCAUCUCCAUUUCCAAACUGGAUAAGCUUGAGCAGGACCUCCCGUUGCUCGCCUUGGUACCUGCACCUGCCCUCUUCUACAUACUGACAGCGAAGUACACCGAGCCCUCGCGCAUACUCUCAGAGGGUGGAAAUGGACAUUGAAAGGAGCCUGUGCCAACAACGCUGUCCUAACGAUCUGGAUUAAGCUAUUUUAGUGCUUGUUAUGCUUUUGAAACCUUCUGUUUUGAAAUAAGUUAUUUAUGUACAAAGCCUUCUAGGUGAAACACCUGGGAGUGAGACUGGAGGAUAUUAAAAAGCUUCCCUUUGUAUUCUUUGUAAAUAUCUGGUAUAGGUCACAGGGAAUGUCUUUGUGUUGAUUUAUCACUGUGAAUCUACAUAAAAAGCUGGUGCCACAUUCUAGUACAGCAGUUUGCUGUAGAUGUUUAUUUCCUAAGACACUAUUUUAGGUGUUGUUUGAAUAAAACA